AUGCCUGGAAUUAGCCUUGCAGAUACCAUCAGCCAACUGAGUGUUAACGAAGAAUGGGGACCCGAAGUCUCUUCUGUUACUACUCUCGAUGGAGUUCCGUAUGCACCAUAUUCUAAAAGCGACAAGCUAGGCCGCAUGGCCGAUUGGACCCAAGAGGGCAAAGAAGGCCGUGAUAGAGGCGGCAGGCAAUACGGUAGAAACUUUAGAGACCAACAAAUUUAUGGUGCCGGCACUUCCUCGCUCUUUGCCGUUCAGGUUGCAGAAGACGAAUCGUCCUUUUCGGUCGUUGACAACACCCGAGCCACUACAAAAACUCGAGGAUUUGGACGGGGUGGUGGCACUGUUUUCCGUGGACGGGGCCAACGAGGCACUACUCAACGAGGAGGCAGAGGGGCAUUCCAACGGGCAGGACAAGGCAGAGCUGGGGGUCAGCAGCAGUAUCAAAAUUACGAUAAUCGAGGUGGCCGCGGUGGACGGGGUCGUCGCUUUGGCUGGAGAGAUUAUGAUAAGCCACAACGAAAUCGUGAUGCUUCAGUCAACAUCCGCUCAGAUUGGAUCAUGAAAGAGGAAAUCGACUUCAACCGGCUCACAAAACUCAACCUCGAGACCUCCGCUGGUGAAGAUGUUGACAGCUACGGUUUCUUGUACUACUAUGACCGCGCUUUCGACAAGGCUCCAGUCAAGAACACUGAACGGAAAUUACUCUCUCUUGAUCGAGCAGCUUACAACGUCACAACAUCCGCUGACCCAGUCAUCCAAGAACUUGCUGAGAAAGACGAAGCAUCCAUCUUUGCCACAUCUGACAUUCUCUCCAUGCUCAUGUGCGCCACACGCAGUGUCUACAGUUGGGAUAUUGUAAUUCUCAAACAUGGGAACAAAAUUUUCCUCGACAAGCGGCCCGACAGCAGCAUCGACCUCGUCACUGUGAACGAAAACGCUGCCGACGCUCCUCUCGAAGCGGACUCUGCAGCAACUCCCUCCCAGCAACAAACCGGGGUCAAACCCGACAGCAUCAACACACCAUCUAACCUCGCCAACGAAGCAACCAUGAUCAACCACAACUUCGCCCUCCAAACGGUGAUAGAAAACUCGUCGUCAAAGGUCGAAUUCCCACACCCGAACCCAUUCUACAGCGCCUCCGAAGAGACCGAACCUCUAGCCUCCAAGGCGUACAAGUACCGACGGUUUGACCUCUCUCUCGAGCGCGACGAUGAGCCACUCCACCUGAUCGUGCGCACUGAAAUCGACGCAGCGGUCAAGAACAACAUCUCCGGCGAAGACCAAUACCUCGUGAUCAAGGCACUGAACGAGUUCGACCACAAGGCACAGGGUGCCGGCGGCGCACUGGACUGGCGCACCAAGCUGAUCUCUCAACGGGGAGCAGUCGUAGCCACCGAAAUGAAGAAUAACUCAUGCAAGCUCGCCCGGUGGACCACGCAGGCCAUCCUGGCCAAGGCCGACCAGAUGAAGCUGGGCUUCGUGUCGCGCGCGAACCCCCGGUCUGCCGCCAACCACGUUAUCCUGGGCGUUGUUGGGUACAAACCCCGGGAGUUCGCCAGCCAGAUGAACUUGGGAUUCAGCAACGGGUGGGGUAUCGUGCGGACGAUCGUUGACCUGGUCCGCGGCAUGAGCGCGGGUCAGGAGGGCGACAAGAAGUAUGUCCUCGUCAAGGAUCCCAACAAGCCGGUGAUCAGGUUGUAUGAAGUGCCCUUGAGCACCUUUGACGACGAUGAUGACGACGGCAUGGCCGGCACCGUGGCUACUGGUGGUGACCAAGAUGGUGAUGAUGAGUAG